AUGACAACUUCCAAAUCUUGGCCUUAUACCAAUGGUAAUGGAAAUGCAGAGAAUGUAGGCGCCACGGUGACUGAAGCAAUCAUUGAAACCGACUUAUUGAUUGUUGGCACUGGACCUGCGGGCGCUUCUUUGGCUUGUUUCCUAGGGCAUCAUGGCCUACGAGGAAUGCUUAUCGCGGCCACUCCCAGUACAGCCGAUACCCCUCGAGCUCACAUAACUAAUAUGGCAGCAAUGGAGUGUUUGCGUGAUAUAGGUUUGGAAGAGGAGUGUUUGCAAGUCGCUGUUAAGGGCGAUUCAAUGUUACAUACACGAUGGUGUCGUUCUUUGGCUGGUGAGGAAUACGCGAGGAUUUACUCAUGGGGGAAUGAUCCAAAACGUGCCGGUGAUUAUGAUGCUGCUAGUCCAUGCAAUCAUGUCGAUAUUCCUCAGACAGUUCUCGAGCCGAUUUUGAUCAAUCGGGCCUCUCAUAGUGGAUUUAAUUGUCGAUUUGAUACCUCAUUUUUGUCCUUUGAACGAGACUCAACCUCGGGGAUAAUUACCAGCAAACUCCAAGACAAUCUAACGCAACAAAUAUAUCAUGUUCGAUCAAAAUACUUAUUCGGAUGUGAUGGAGCUCGAAGUCAAGUCUUGAGACAGUUACAGAUCCCAUUAAUCAAGAAACCUGGGCAAGGAUUAGCUAUCAAUGUAUUGGUCAAGGCCGAAUUGCAACACGUGAUGGAAAAUAGAAUGGGAAACCUACAUUGGGUCGUGAGACCUGAAGAUGAACUGACCGCCUUUGGCUGGAAUGGAUUGAUUAGAAUGGUAAAGCCUUGGAAUGAGUGGAUGUUCAUUCUUCUUCCCUCUCCUGAUGCCGGAACAAAUUUCAAUCCUUCAGACGAUGAGUAUUUGAGAUGUGUCAAGGAUAUGAUUGGGGAUAAUUCAAUCCACGCAGAAAUACUUGGAAUCUCGAAAUGGCUGAUCAAUGAAACUGUCGCAGAAUACUAUUCUGAUGGAAAUAUAUUUUGCCUUGGCGAUGCAGUUCACCGCCAUCCACCAUUCAAUGGCCUAGGCUCUAACACAUGUAUUCAAGAUGCAUAUAAUCUUGCAUGGAAGAUCGCCUAUGUCUUGAAGGGAAAAGCGGAGAGCGGUCUUCUCGAUUCAUAUACCUUAGAACGCCAACCGGUGGGUCAAUCCGUUAUCACACGAGCUAAUCAAGGACUUCGAGAUCAUGGUCCAGUAUGGGAAGCUUUAGGAAUGAUGGACCCAUCUGUCGAAAUUCGACGAGAACAUUUUGCAGAACUCUCACAAGCUACACCUGAAGGAGCAGCUCGGCGAGCACGCUUCCAGGCUGCGAUUGAAGGAACGGCACACGAGUUUCAUGCCGUGGGUACUGAGAUGAAUCAACGUUACGAAUCUUCUGCAAUCGUUCUCGCGGAUGAGAAACCAAGACCAGCAUUACCGGCAGACCCGGUUCUUGAGCAUGAAAUUACUACUUAUCCUGGAAGUCGUCUCCCUCAUGCGUGGUUGAAUACUAGACUUCCAGGAAAACAGUUUUCCACUAUUGAUCUAGCUGGCCAUAGACAGUUUUGCCUUUUUACUGGGAUUGGAGGAGAGAAAUGGAGAGCUGCUGCUGCCAAGGCUUCAGAGGCUCUUGGAGUUGAGAUUAAUGUAUAUUCCAUCGGUUGGAAACAAGAUUAUGAGGAUGUGUAUUUUGAUUGGGCGAGACGAAGAGAAGUUGAGGAGAGUGGUUGUGUGUUGGUUAGACCGGAUAGAUUUGUAGCUUGGAGAGCUAUGGAAAUGAUUGAUGAGCCAGAGGAGAAGUUGAUGAGUGUUUUGAAGAACAUUCUAAGAGGUUAG